AUGUUUUUGUCUUGGAUGGAACGUAACAAAGACCCGAAUGACACAGUGGCCCGUACCCUUACUUAUGUUCAGUUUCCAAUUUUUUAUGUAUGGAAGAUUGAAAAUCGUUGCUGGGAACCUAGACAAAAGGGAAAAGCGAUUGGCAGAAUUCACUCUGUACCCCCUUCUUUUGGUGAAGCAUAUUUUCUUUUUAACAAAGUCAAAGGGCCAAAAUCGUUUGAUGACAUUGGAACCGUUAAUGGUCAUGUACACGAUACCUUUAGAGAUGCGUGUUACGCACUUGGUCUUUUGGACGAUGACACAGAGUACACUGAAGCAAUCAAGGAAGCAAAUGAAACAGCAACAUGUUCAUAUAUUCGUGUUUUGUUUGCAAUGAUGUUGUUAUCAAAUACUCUGUCUAGACCUGAGGUGGUAUGGGAAAGCACGUGGAAAUAUAUGACGGAUGACUUUAUUUACAGAUUAAGAAAAUUUCAUCGAUCUGAAGCUUUGUCAGUUCCUGAGGACCACCUUAAAAACUAUGCUCUGGGCGAAAUAGAAAAAUUUUUACUUCGGAAUAACUCAUCUCUACGAAGGUUUUUAACAAUGCCAUAUCCUGAUGAAGCGUCUUUAGCUGAUUCACAAAAUCGCCUGAUAUAUAAGGAGCGUUGUUACACCCAAUUAGAUCGUGGAAACGAGUAUGAAAGCCAAAUGAGUGGUGUAUUCUUUGUCUAUGGAUAUGGUGGAACCAGUAAAACCUUCUUAUGGAAGACAUUGUCUGCGACAAUUAGAUCUAAGGGUCAAAUUGUAUUAAAUGUCGCAUCAAGUGGAAUUGUAUCGUUGCUACUGACUGCUGGCAGGACUGCACACUCCCGGUUUCAUAUUCCUUUAAAUCUUACUGAGGAUUCAGUUUGUCAUAUAAAAGUAGACAGUGACACGGCUAGAUUACUAUGUGAAACCAAGUUAAUUAUAUGGGAUGAAGCCCCAAUGGUUCAUAAACACGCCUUCGAAGCUUUGGAUAGAACGAUGAAUGACAUAUUCAAUAUGGACACUUCCAUAGGUUCUGAAAUAUCAUUUGGAGGUAAGGUUAUUGUUUUUGGUGGUGAUUUUAGACAAAUUCUUCCUGUUGUCCCCAAUGGUGGAAGACAAGAGAUAGUGAAUGCCUCGCUAUGUUCGUCAUAUUUGUGGAGUAAAUGCAAGUUGCUAAGGCUAACAAAAAACAUGAGAUUAACCAGUGGACGCUCUACAUCUGAUAUUGAAGAAAUCAAUAAUUUUGCCAAGUGGCUUUUGGAUUUGGGUGAGGGAAAUGAUGGUUGUCCUAAUGACGGGGAAGCAUCAAUUGAAAUACCACCGGAUCUUCUAAUUAAGGACACCUCUGAUCCCAUUUCAUCUUUAAUUGAUUUCGUGUACCCUUCAAUUUUAGAUAACUACAACAACCAUAACUACUUUAGUGAGAGGGCUAUACUUGCGCCUAAGAACGAGGUUGUGCAUGAGAUAAAUGACAGGUUGUUAGCGUUAUUCCCAGGCGAAGAAAGAGAGUAUCUAAGCUCCGAUAGUCUUUGUCAGACUGAGAAUCCUAAUUCAACACAGCUAAAACUAUACUCACCAGAUGUGUUGAAUGGUCUUAAAGUAUCAGGUUUGCCUAAUCACAGGUUAGUACUCAAAGUUGGUGUGCCAGUAAUGCUAUUACGUAACAUUGACCAACAAAAUGGUUUAUGCAACGGUACGAGGUUACAAAUAAAAAGAUUAUACAACCGUGUCAUAGAAGCAGAAAUCAUAUCUGGAGGAAAUAUCGGUACUCGCACCUACAUACCGAGACCUAACUUGAUACCUUCAGACAAAAAGAUUCCUUUUGCGUUUCAAAGGAGGCAAUUUCCGAUAGCUGUGUGUUUUGCAAUGACUAUCAACAAAAGUCAAGGGCAUUCGCUAUCAAGGGUUGGUCUGUACUUGAGACAACCUGUUUUUACGCAUGGUCAGUUGUAUGUGGCUUUAUCAAGGGUAAAAUCUAGAGACGGAGUCAAAUUGCUUAUAUUAGACAAGGACGGCAAACCUACCGAUAAAACAUCAAAUGUCGUUUAUAAGGAAGUGUUUAACAAAUUGUAA